CAGAUUUAUUAGCUCUCACACAACGAGGGAAAUUCAUUCGGCAAAGUUCAUUCAUAAAAAUUUCAACAGCCUGGGUAUCGUCUGCUCAACUCAGCCUUUUGCUGUGCACAGGCUCCUCCUGAAAAAAGCCUGCAGGAGAGUACAGGAGGGAAGGGCGCCCUGAGAAGGGGUGGGCCGGCCGGGAUCGGACCCGAGCCACACAGAGGAUGCCCGGACCUCAAGCUGGAGGAACAAUGCAGACCAGCGCCCGUCGCUAGGACUCCUGGCUGGUGGCCCAGAACCAAGAUCCUCCGAGAGAGGGCAGCCGUCAUAACCCCAGCCCAUACAGAAGGGCCUUUGACUCUUAUGCGCUUUUUUAUUUUUCCCUUUGAAAUGAACAGUCACGGGAACAAAUAAAGGGUUAAUGGGCUAGUCCCUGCCCCGCCCCGUGGGAGCUGGAGGGGAGCAGGUUUGAAAGUUCCUGUGCGCAGAGGAAAAGGGGGUAAAUAUUUCUGCUAAGACUAGAGGCGUGGUGGCACCCGCUGCCCCAGCCUGGGGGACGGGACUCCGGGGCGAAGACACCCCCGCUCCCACCCCACCCCACCCCCCGCGCUCCGGGGGCCUCUGCCAGGGCCUGGAAGGGCCGGCCUGCAAUCAGAGCUGGGGAGGCGUCCUCCGGGACUGUCAUCCUUGAGCAGUCUCGGACCCGGGCUGGUGACCGCCAGAGCAGGAGAGGUGACUGUGGCGUGGGUCUACCGGACUGCGAGGCACUUUAGGCUGCGGUGCCCAGUCUCAGCACUGCUAAGGCUAUGCGAGAACGCAGCCAGGACAGCCAGGCAGGACUCACGCUGUAUGUAGGACUCUUUGGGCACCUGGGGAUGCUUCACAGGACCAAGUACAGCCGCUUUCGGAACGAGUCCAUCACGUCUUUGGACGAAGGGAGCCCCGGAGGCUCCGUUGGAAACAAGGGCUCGUCGCCGCCUCCCUACCCAGCCCUGGCCCCUCACCUGCCGACUGAGGAUGCCACUGUGUCCAGCCAGGAGAGCCCCACGGCGCUGUGCACCUUGAUUCCCCGUAUGGCAAGCAUGAAGCUGGCCAACCCCAUCACUUUUCUGGGUCUGAAAACCUUCUGCUUGGGUACGAAACAGGUGAGCCGGUUGAAGCUCCAAGAGAACCAGGAUCAGACUCCAAGCCGUCCAGCGUCCCCAGAAUCCAAUCUAAACAGGACUGGACCUGCACCUGCACCGGAUCCGGACCAGGUGGGACGCAGGCCCACCUCUUUGCGUCCUGAUACUUGCCCACUGCCUGGCCCUGGAGAACCAAGCCCCAGGAGCAAGCAGGACGGGCCCCCUCUGCAGCACCUGUUGGGGAACGGUCUGAACUACUGUGUGCGGUACAUGGGCUGCAUUGAAGUGCUGCAAUCAAUGAGGUCACUGGAUUUUGGAAUGAGAACCCAAGUUACAAGAUUAUUGCAAAUCACCAAAUGCAAUCGAUUUCAUUUGCCUCUGGAGGGGACCCUGAUACCACAGACUAUGUUGCCUAUGUAGCUAAAGAUCCAGUCAACCAACGAGCGUGCCACAUACUGGAGUGUCGCAGUGGAAUGGCCCAAGACGUCAUAAGCACCAUAGGGCAGGCCUUUGAACUCCGGUUCAAACAGUACUUGAAAAAUCCUUCCUUGAACACUUGGGAAAGGGAGGAGGUACUUGUUGAUGGUGCCCCUGAAGACAGAGACCAUGACUAUUACAACUCCAUCCCGGGGAAGCAGCCACCUGAAGGCGGCAUUUCAGAUGUGCGCAUCCAGGCUCAAGCUACAGACCAAAUGGCAUACUGCCCUAUCCGGUGUGAAAAGUUGUGCUAUUUGCCUGGGAACUCCACGUGCAGCGGUGUGUAUAAGAACUGUAUGGGACGGAGCAGGCCAAUAGGUAUCCCGCACGAGAGAGCGGGGCAGGGUGACACACCAUCGCUGAGGCACUUCUGGAGAGUGGAUCUCUUUGACGACCCCUGCUAUGUCAAUACACAGGCUCUUCAGAGUAUGCACAGCUAUGCUGGAAAUCAAAGCUCAGCUCUGCCACAGGGGAGCCCCUGGCACCUCGGAAAGGCACCAGAAACUGUGCAGCCUGGAGCCACGGCCAAGCCUGGGAGCGCACUCGCUUUGCCACACAUUAGGCAGCAGCUGUGGGACGAGGAGUGCUUCCAUGGCAAGCUGAGCAGAGGGGCAGCGGAGAAACUUUUGGUGAAGGAUGGGGACUUUUUGGUUCGAGAGAGUGUGACAUCUCCCGGCCAGUUUGUACUGAGUGGACUGCAAGGUGGCCAGGCCAAGCAUCUUCUCUUGGUGGAUCCAGAAGGCAAGGUGAGGACCAAGGACCAUGUGUUUGAUAAUGUUGGCCACCUUAUCAAAUACCAUAUGGAUAAUAAUUUGCCAAUCAUCUCUUCUGGAAGUGAAGUACGCCUUAAACAACCAAUAAGAAAAUAUGAUAACACAGGACUUUUGCCCCCCAAGAAAUGAUGACUCCCGGAACUGUGUCAGUGCUAUGAGAAGCAUAUUCCUUUGGUGCCAGGAACAGUGGCCGCUCAACCCUUUUCUUCACACAAAGUAGAACAUAGACUGUGAAACAUGUCUUUCUUAGACCGCCACAGACCAGGUCUUUUAUAAAACAUAGAAGUAACAAACUAUCUUCUGAGUAUGAAAAUCAGAGAAUAAUAAUUUUGGUCCAUUUGGAAAUGCGAUACUCAUCUGCACGGAGGUCACUUUUUAAAGGUCACAUUGCAUUGGUGAAAAGCUAAAAGCACAACUUCAAUUUCAGAUGCUAAAGACAACUUGAACUGCUCAGGCAGUGGUACGUGCCUUUACCUUGAUAAUCCGGGGACAUUUUCCUAUGGGGGAGAUUAGUUACACGUGUCUUCACGUUCUAUAGCUACAGAACCAGUUGCCAAAAAAGUUCUUCCUUGCUAAAAACAGCAAGAAGCAGCAUUUUGACUAGUAGUGUUGACUUUAUUACAUUUUGUUUAGUAGCACUUUUUGCUGCCAUGUUAACAAUGACACUGACAUCAAAUUCAGACUGUGCCUGUGCUUGUGGAAUGAAAGCAAACACCGCUGAUGGUUUCCCAAUUCUGUCUCAUUUGCUGAUUGAGAGGCUGGGGCUCAAAUUCACUGGCCAGCGUUCCUCAGUCUUUGCUACCUGAACUGUCCGUAGGCAGCAUGGGACACAUUCAGGAAGCCAAAUCUCUUGGUUAGUUCUGAUUUGGAGUAUUUGGUUAUAAAAGACAGCAAACAAAGCCAUUGUUCUUCAUGCUCAGCCCAUACUGGUGCCAUUGAAAAUGCAUUAAGGCAAUCUAAAGUAUAUGAAAAUCUCCUUGUGAUUGGCUGCCACUGCGCCCUGGUGUCACCUCGGUAUGUGUCUUAUCACCAUCUGUACGUGUGAUCAGACAAAAUGCAGAAGGGCUGGGAAAGGUCUGCUACACACCGGACAAUGGUUCAACCAGUGGUGAGAUUAAGAAUUCUCAGAGAAGCCCAAGGCUCAGACUAUUCACCACUGUGAGUCUUGGCAGGUCGCUAAACCUGUCUGGAUUCCAGUUUUCUUGUCCAUAAGAUGAGGGAGCUUGAGGUGCACUCAGAGGGCCGUUGCUAUCCUAACAUAGUAGUUUUUUUCUUUGUUAAAAGUUAACACUGAUAAGCAGACUGUGCAGUUGAGGGCAAAUAUUUAGGAUUUUUCCCUUUAUUCUGUGUCUAUACUCUACAGGUAACAGGUUUAGCCAAAUUACACUCUCAUAGUCUGACCCCAAGUGUUUCAGCAUAAAUCAGGUAAUGUUGGUUUAGUGGAUCUGGUUGUCUUUAGUAAUAGCAGAAAUGCUUCAGUCAGUCCUUACUUGCCUAUGCAUAUAAAGAUACAGUCACUACAGGAGAGAGAGAGAGAGAGAGAGAGAGAGAGAGAGAGAGAGAGAGAGAGAGAGAGAGAGAGAGAGAGGAGAGAGGAGAGAGGAGAGAGGAGAGAGGAGAGAGGAGAGAGAUCCUAAGCUUUCUGGAUAGUUAUCUCAACACCACUUCAUUUUGGCUAAGUAGAGACAACUUAACCUUUGUGAUUAUGAUGUAUUUGGUAAGUUUUAAGUAUAGUAUGGGAUCGUUCCUAUGGGUAGAAAUCAUCAGAAAUCAAGUACAUUGAAGCCUGGCAUUUUUACAUAACAACUCACCAUUUUAUUUCUGUCGCCACUGGCUUCUUAGGUAAGUUUGUUUCCUUUCCACAGCUAGAAAGUCGUGCAUAUUCCAUUGCUUUUCCUCCAUCUAUCUUAGGUCUUAAUCAUUUUUCUUCGUAAGAGGGAUCAGCAUAGUGAUAGGGACUCAUAGGUAACCUGCAGCAGAGACAGGGCGGGCCUACUGCCUCCUUCCAGCUGGGGAACGCAGACUGGGUGGCCAGCGGAGUUCCAGAUGCAGGGGGCACUGUGGUGUGAGCCGCACGCAUGGGCAGUCAACACUGGACUGGUGCUGUUGUAGCCUGGGAGGCAGAUGCUGCACUUUCAGAUGCCAUAGACACUGUUCACCAACCCUAAAAGAUGUAAGAAAUGUCUGCAUGCGGUUUUAAUCUCAUAGUCUCAACCUCUAUUUUAAAAUGGUGGUUCAUUUGCCUAUAAAUAUCUGUAAAUGAGUUUUCUUUAAAAAAAUAAAUGAUUAUUGCUUUAUGACAGCU